UUUGAAUCAAUUUAACCGAGUCCUGUCGUUUAUAAAGUGGGAUUGAAUACUUUGUAAAUUUAUCAAUGGUUAAUUGAUUUAUCCUGGAUUAAUUAUUGUUGAAUUGAUUUAUUGAACCAGUGAUUUAUUUAUUUUGAUUAGCUAAUUUCAAAUCUAGUGAGUUUACUAUUGAAUGGAGUUCAAAGGAAAUUGAUUAAAACCUGAAUCCUUCAAGAUUUAAACCUUAAUCACCACUCUGAAGCAAGCUAAUCAUGAAUAUUUUAUUGUGGCUGUCCUCCUUUGUUCUGAUUGUCACCGUUUCUGCUUCUAAUCAAUUAUCCGAUGAAGAGUGUACCCGAUUAGGUUUUCGUAGAGAGGAGUUAACUCGCAAACGAUGUUUGGAAUUAGCCAAGUUUGGUCUAAAUACCAUUAAAGAAGAUUGUCUUCGUUGUGUAAAGGAAGAUGCCAAAAGCUCGCUUCGCAAGAAGUACACAAAAGCGCGGUUGGAAGUUUGUGGCUGUAAUCUAGCAAACUACCCUCAAAUUCAAGCCUUCAUCAAGAGUGAUCGUCCAAAGCAAUACGAAAAUCUAGCCAUCAAAUGGGUUCGAGGAACAUUGCCUACAAUGAAGUUAUUGGAUGAAAACGGAAAUCUUGCUGAAGAAUUAUCUCUCACGAAAUGGGACACAGAUACCGUGACAGAAUUUCUCGAUGAGCAUCUUAAGUAGUUUCAAGUAUGGCUUUAUUUCGUAAUUUUCUAUAAUUAUUUUAUUUUCGAAAUGAACUUGUUUGUAUUAAUUUUUACGAUUAGGAUAACUCAGCGAGUUUUUUUUGUAAAUGAAACGAAGGUUUAAUGUUCUAGUUAAAGAAGAGCUGUGAAAAAAAUAUUUUUAAAGCGCGAGAAGAAAUUUCAUGAAAUUUAUUCGUUUCGGGACAAAUUAUUAAGUUAUCUGAAACUUCCCCAAUCGUAAUAUAUGCAGCCAUGUCAACUUAAACCAUGUUAUAGAUUUAUGUACAAAUGAGCAAUAAAUUAUUUUUUAUCAAA